AUGCUGGUGGCCGAGCCCGCCGCCGCCGCCGCCGGAGCCAUGUCCCAGCCCGAGGCGGAGCGGGCGGGCGGCGGCUCCGCGCCGGAGCCGGAGCCGGGGCCGGGGCUCCCCGGGCGGGCCCCGCACCGCAGCCGCGGCCGGCGGCCCUCGGGGCGCGACUCCCGCCGCGCCUCCUCCCGCUUCAACCGGCGGAGCUCGGCCGAGCUGGAGCUGCUGGGCUACCCGGCGCCGGGCGGGGGGCGCGGGGGGUCGCCGCCGCCGGCCGCGUCGCCGGGCGCCGCCGGGCGCCGGGAGCCGGAGGAGACGGAGAGCGAGGAAGUGGAGACGCGCGCGGUCGCCACCUCCCCCGACGGCCGGUUCCUCAAGUUCGACAUCGAGAUCGGCCGCGGCUCCUUCAAGACCGUCUACAAGGGGCUGGACACGGAGACCACCGUGGAGGUGGCCUGGUGCGAGCUGCAGACACGGAAGCUGUCGAAGACAGAGCGGCAGCGGUUUAGUGAGGAGGUGGAGAUGCUGAAGGGGCUGCAGCAUCCCAACAUCGUCCGCUUCUACGACUCCUGGAAGUCAUCCAUCAAAGGCCAGAUCUGCAUCGUGCUGGUCACAGAGCUCAUGACGUCCGGCACCCUGAAAACCUAUCUGAAGCGGUUCAAGGAGAUGAAGCUGAAGGUGCUGCAGCGCUGGAGCCGGCAGAUCCUCAAGGGGCUGCAUUUCCUGCACACCCGCUCGCCCCCCAUCAUCCACCGCGACCUCAAGUGCGACAACAUCUUCAUCACGGGCCCCACCGGCUCGGUCAAGAUCGGGGACCUGGGCCUGGCCACGCUCAAGCGAGCCUCCUUCGCCAAGAGUGUCAUAGGCACCCCCGAGUUCAUGGCGCCGGAGAUGUAUGAGGAGAAGUACGACGAGGCGGUGGACGUCUACGCCUUCGGGAUGUGCAUGCUGGAGAUGGCCACCUCGGAGUACCCCUACUCCGAGUGCCAGAACGCUGCCCAGAUCUACCGCAAGGUCACCUCGGGCCUGAAGCCCAGCAGCUUCUACAAGGUGAAGGUGCCGGAGCUGAAGGAGAUCAUCGAGGGCUGCAUCCGCAUGGACAAGAACGAGAGGUACACCAUCCAGGACCUGCUGGAGCACUCCUUCUUCCAGGAGGACACGGGGGUGCACGUGGAGCUGGCCGAGGAGGAUGACGGCGUCAAGUCUGGACUCAAGCUCUGGCUGCGCAUGGAUGACACAAAGAAGCUGCACGGCAAGUACAAGGACAACAACGCCAUCGAGUUCCUCUUCGAGCUCUACAAGGACGUGGCGGAGGAGGUGGCGCAGGAGAUGGUGGUCCUGGGCUUCGUCUGCGAGGCCGACUACAAGCUGGUGGCCAAGGCGGUGCGGGACCGUGUGGUUGCCAUCAAGCGCAAGCGGGAGAAGCUGAAGCGUGCCCAGGACGUACCGUCGCCUGCGGAGCCAGAGCAGCCGCCGGGUGUCCUGCAGCUGCUGGAGGAGCUCAAGUCCCCGCUGCCGCCUGGUGCCCCUGCACCCGCCCCGGCCACCCCCGGCUCCGCGGACUCCGUCUUCAGCAGCACCUUCCCCGAGCCUGAGGAGCCUGAGGCCGACCAGCACUUCGCCUACCGGCACACCAGCUACUCCUCAGCCACCUCCGACUGCGAGACUGACGGCUACCUGAGUUCCUCCGGCUUCCUGGACUCCUCAGACCCGGCCCAUCGCAGCUUCUCAGUGGGGGACCCCGCCAGCCCACCGCCUGCCCGUCCCAUGCGCUGCUUCCCCACGAGCAUCGCAGUGCAGCUGCCCACCGAGCACCUGCCCCCCGCCAGCGGCUUCUCCUCCCCGGUGGACAGCUACGCCUCGGACGUGGCAUCUGGCAUGAGCGACGGCUGCGAGGGGCUCUCGGCCGGUGAGCGGAGCACCAAGCUGCCGCCCAAGCGGGCCUCGGGAAAGCUGCUGCGGCGCCGAGCCCGAUCCAGGCUGCGCAUCACCAAUAUAUCCGACAAGAACGACCGGGUGGUGGAGUGCCAGCUGCAGACCUACAACAACAAGAUGGUGACCUUCAAGUUUGACCUGGAUGGGGACAACCCAGAGGAAAUCGCGGCCGUCAUGGUCCACAACGAGUUCAUCCUCAAGUCGGAGCGGGACGGCUUCAUCCACCGCAUCCGGGACAUCAUCCACCGCGUGGAGACCCUGCUCCGCAAGGACGGGCAUGGCGCCGCCGAGCUGCCUGAGAGCCCUGAGGCCGAGCGCGGUGCAGGCAGCCCCGCGGACCUGCAGCUGCAGGAGCUCUCACGCUCCAUCUCCUCCUCAUCCUCACUCAGCGACCUUGGCUGCACCAGUCCCAGCCUCUCGGUGCAGUCCCCCGUCCUGCCGUUGCUGAGCAGCUCCCCGUCGGAGAACGACCUCGCCAGCCCCGCGGAGCCGCCGGCAGCCCCGGCACGUGAGCUGCGGCCGACGCUGCUGGGCUCCCCCGCAGGCUCCGUGCAGACCUGGCCCCUCGUCUCGACGGCUCCCUCCUGGCUGACGGCGUCGCCAGUGUUCCCGCAGACCCCCCCGAGCACCCCGGGGGGGCCUGUCCCACCAGCCCCGCCCCAAGCCCUCCUGUCGCCGCUGCCGCUCCCCACGUCCCCUGUCCCCAGCGGGCCCAGCAGCCCCCUGAGCCCCGCUGUGACCAGCACACCCUGGUCCCCCACCACCCCCCUCCUGUCCCUGGCCAAUGUCUUCUCCCUGGCAGUGAUGAGCGUGGCCCACACGCUGCUGCCCACCGUCUCCUCCAUCUCCAGCUCGGGUGGGCACCUCUACCCCCCGCUGCUGCCGCGGCCACAGAGCCUCAUCCUGGGGCCCCCGCGCUUCGUCUACCCCGACCCUGCCAGCACGGCCAAGCCAGCCCCGGCCUGCGGUGGGACCCUGGAGUCAGCGGGGGCCGAUGUCCCCACUGCCGGGGCGCCCAUGCCAUUCCCUCCCCCAGCACCGGCCCCACCGUGCCCCGCAGGCAGUGAGGCCACAGGGAUUCCCCUGCCAUCGCUGAGCACAUCCACGCCGGGGAGACCAGAGGGCAGUGUGGUGCCACCCAGCUCCCCCAAGCCCAGCCACUCGCUCAUCGUCUCGGAGUCGCCAGCGCCCGGCGUGCCCAAGGCCCGGCUCUCGCCCAUCAGCGAAGCAGAAGCCAAGCCCCAGAUCCUGGGCCGGUUCCAGGUGACGCCAACCAGGGACCUGGCUGUGACCUCCCCGGUGCUGGGCAGCAGUGAGGGCAGCAGUGAGGGUGAGCAGCAUGGCGCGGAGCCGGCAGCGAGCAGCUCUCCCCUGCCUGUGGCCCCCGACACAGGGGGCAGCUCAAGCAGUGACUCGGACUCGGCGCUGGAGACGGCGGAGCAGGACCCCGAGGCUGAGGAGGCGCUGGCCAAGGAGGGCACGGCGGCACCGGCGGAGAGCGACCGGGAGGGCCCCGGGGAGGAGGGUGCAGAGAGCGUGCCGCAGGCGGUGCUGAGCCAGGUGUGGCUGAGCUACUCCCGCAGCUUGUCCUACCUGAGCAGCGACGACACCGAGAGCGAGGACGAGGAGAUCUGGGAGGAGCUGCAGAACCUGCGCCAGAAGCACCUGGCCGAGGUGCAGCUGCUGCAGAGCGCCCAGAAGAAGGAGAUCGAGGAGCUGUACCUGCGGAUGGGGAAGCAGCCGCCGCUGGGCAUCGUCUCCCCCGCCGCCAUGCUCUCCAGCCGCCAGCGACGCCUCUCCAAGGGCAGCUUCAACCCCUCCCGCCGCAACAGCCUGCAGCGCCUGGAGCUGGCGCAGCCCCCAGGCAUCAUGCGCCGUAACUCGCUGAGUGGCAGCAGCACCGGCUCGCAGGAGCAGCGGCUGAGCAAAGGGGUGACCUUCGCCGACGACUUCAGCCGGAUGUAGCCGGCUGGCCAGGAGUGACUUCAUGAACUACCUCAACCAAGUGCCUGCUGCCGCGGGGGCGGGCGAGAGCCCCUGCACCUCCUGGGAGGACAGUGCCGGCCUUGGGGGCAGCCAGCGCCCUCGGGCAGAGCCAGCUGGGUGCCCGCCCCGGGGAGCCCAGCCCCCCGCCUCCGCCCCUGUGCCUGCAGCAGGGUACCUGCUGCCUCUGUAUCAGAGGGAGGGCAGGCCUGUGCCACGCUUGUCCUCCCAUCUCCUCCUUCCUUGUGCACGCCCGGCCCCCUCCCUGCCGUUCCCAGCCCGUUUGCUCAAGCCUGGCCCCAGCUGCAGGACGCAUGCGAGGUGCCGCCAUCCUUCACGGCUUUACUCCGAGCUGAACCUGCGCAGGCAGAACCGGGCCCCGCCGGCGCCCUGCCCCGAGCAGAACCACCCCCGACUGCGGCCCAGUCACGAUACAUCCCCACCCCUGCCACCAUCCCACCCCUGCCCUGGGGCCGCUCCAGCUCCGCUCCCUGCGGGGAACAACGCGUGGGGCCCGAGCCCAGCGCCCCGGGGCUGCCCUGCUCACUGCCACCCUCGUCUCGUUCUGCGCAGCUGAGAACAAGCCGGCUGCGGAGCAGGAAGAAGCGUCCCUCGGCCCUGUAAGGCGAUGGAGCUGGCGCACCAGGAACGGCAGCGGGUGCACUUUGUUACAAACUGAUGUCUGGAAAGUGUUUUCAUAAA